UUUUUCAUGACGCAAGACCAGCAGCCGGUGUUCUAAAACCGGCUUCUGCUGCCUGGGUCAUUCAGUCAGGUGUCGGCCGGGGAAGCACAGUCCCUCGGUCACUGUGACGCAAAGGAUGUGGCUACUGUGAGGGACGUACGUAGCAAGUCUCAGUUCGGUGACAUGGCGCAAAGCAAGGACACGCUGAUGCACCUCUUGGCUGGGGGGUGCGCUGGCACAGUAGGUGCCAUUGUCACAUGUCCUCUAGAAGUGAUCAAAACGCGUUUGCAGUCCUCAGCAGUCGCUCUUCGUCCAGUUUACUACCCACAAGUACAGCUGGGGACCCUCAGCGGUGGAGGAGGAGUCGUCAGACAAGCGGCUUCUGUGUCACCUGGUGUUCUUCAGGUUCUUAAAUCGAUUCUUGAAAAGGAAGGACCAAAAUCUUUAUUCAGAGGACUGGGACCAAACCUAGUUGGCGUCGCUCCAUCCAGAGCCAUUUACUUUGCCUCGUAUUCCAAAUCAAAGGAGCAGUUCAACGCAAUCUUUGUCCCCAACAGUAAUAUUGUGCAUAUGUGCUCUGCAGGCUGUGCAGCGUUUGUGACAAAUACCAUGAUGAACCCCAUAUGGAUGGUGAAAACACGAAUGCAACUGGAAAGGAGGGUCAUAGGCUCCAAGCAAAUGAAUGCACUGCAGUGUGCCCGCUACGUGUACCAGACAGAAGGCAUGCGGGGGUUUUACAGGGGUCUUACUGCUUCCUAUGCGGGUAUAUCUGAGACCAUGAUAUGCUUCGUUAUAUAUGAAAGUUUGAAGAAACAUUUGCAAGAAGUUCACCUAUCAGCUGCAAACGCUUCUGGAGAGAAAGGCUCAGCCAACUUCUUAGGAUUUAUGUUUGCGGCAGCUUUCUCCAAAGGCUGUGCAUCCUGCAUCGCUUAUCCACACGAGGUGAUCCGCACCAGAUUGAGAGAAGAAGGUACAAAGUACAAUACGUUUUGUCAGACGGCACGCCUGGUAGCACGGGAAGAGGGUUACUCAGCCUUUUACAGAGGACUUUUAGCUCAGCUUUUUCGGCAGAUUCCAAACACUGCCAUUGUGCUAUCCACAUAUGAACUCCUAGUGUAUCUACUGCGUGACAAGCCUAAGUAACUGGCUGUAUGGCAUGUUCCCUGGACAUUGGCCAAAUGCAGAACUGAUAGACUGCCAUACUGCUGCAUUACACAGGAGGCCUUUCACACCUACUGGAUAUAUCUUUUGGAUUGUUUCUUUCUGGAAGGUUUAAUUUUUAAGGUUCAUUUGUAUAUUUUGUUAUUUUAAACUUGCGGAGUCAUGAUUACCACUGAAGCUGCUAGUUAAUUCAUGCUAUUUAAUGUUCAUGCCCUUAGUUGGCACAAUGUUCUUUUCCACGUUUCAUCUAAUUUAUAUCCAUAAACGGAGUAGAGUAACAACUUCA